AGAUGACACAAAAAUAGAGUAAAUAUUUAAUGAAGAGAGAUUAUAUCUUAAGACAUAAAUAAAUGUAAAAUAAUCAAAAAUUCAUCCUAAUUAAUAUUUUUUAAGGGGCGUAUACAAGUAAAUCACGACAGAUAAUUUGAGACGGGUACCUUAAUUUGCUAACAUCAUAUAUAGUAACACCAUAAUUAUCCCCCUUCCCCUGUCUCCUGAAUAACCAAUAGAAAAAUGGACAAAAGAAAUGGUCAAAUUCAGAAGUGUAAAUGGAUAAUGGUCUAAAGGAUAAAUACAUUCACAGUCAAAUUCUAGCAAGUACUCCUUAUCAACAUAGAGUUUUAGUUAUGGAAGAAGCUCUGCCGCUACUGCCAGAAAAGAGGGAAAUUUUGAGGACAACAACAUGGGAGGCCUAUAAGGAAGCAUUGAAGAAGGUGAGUUACAUAGCCAUACCUAUGGUGGUGGUCACUGUUUCACAGCACCUUAUAAGAGUUUUGUCAAUGAUGAUGAUUGGGCAUUUGGGUGAACUUUCACUAUCUGGAGCUUCUGUUGCCACCUCUCUCACCAAUGUUACUGGCUUUAGUCUUGUUUUAGGAAUGGCUAGUGGUUUAGAGACACUAUGUGGACAAGCUUAUGGAGCUGAACAAUACAAGAAAUUAGGAAUCUACACUACUGGGGCUAUUAUAUCUCUCCUUAUGGUCUGCAUACCAAUAUCUAUACUAUGGUUAUUUGUUGACAAAAUUCUUAUUUUCAUGCAUCAAGAUCCCCUAAUUUCCACAGAAGCAGGAAAAUAUUCAAUCUGGCUAUUAAUUUCAUUAUUCCCGUUCGCGAUUCUGCAAGCACUCGUACGUUACUUGCAGACUCAGAGCUUGAUUCUUCCAAUGGUUCUGAGCUCUGUUGCAACACUCUGUUUCCAUGUACCAAUUUGUUGGUUAUUAGUGUUCAAGUUGGAUUUUGGAAGUGGUGGAGCUGCAUUUGCUAUUGGUUUGUCUUAUUGGUUCAAUGUUUUGCUUCUUGGAUUUUAUGUCAAAUAUUCGUCAUCCUGUGAAAAGACUAGAAUUUGUUUCUCAUCACCAGAAGAAUUUUUUGCUAGCGUAAGAGAAUUCUUCCCUUUGGCUAUUCCUUCUGCUUGCAUGGUUUGUCUUGAAUGGUGGACAUUUGAGAUAGCUAUAUUGCUAGCUGGUGUCUUGCCAAAGCCCCAGCUUGAGACUUCAGUGCUUUCUAUAUGCCUAUCCGUUGCUACCACUCAUUACUUCUUACCAUUUUCCCUUGGUGCUGGGGCAAGCACCAGAGUUUCUAAUGAACUAGGAGCGGGGAAUCAUGAGGCAGCUAAAAUGGCUAUUCGUGCAGCACUUACAAUUUCAAUGGCAGAUGCAAUCAUUUCCAGUAGUGUUCUUUACUGUUGCCGUCAUGUAGUGGGAUAUGCAUUCACUAACGAGAAGGAAGUUGUGGAUUAUCUCAGUGAUAUGACUCUUUUCCUUUGCCUCUUGAUUGUAUCUGACUGCAUCCAGGCUGUGCUUUCUGGAGUUGCAAGAGGAAGUGGGUGGCAACAUUUGGGAGCAUAUGUAAAUCUUGGUUCAUUUUAUGUGGUUGGAAUACCUGUAGCCAUAAUAUCUGCCUUCCUAUUCCAUUUACAAGGAAAGGGCCUUGGGAUUGGACUAAAUGUGGGAAAUUUACUGCAAUCUCUUUUGCUUUCCCUGAUAACAAGUUCUACAGAUUGGAAAAAGCAGGCAUCAAUUGCUAGGGAAAGAAUCUUUUAUUGAAGAAAAGUAUUGAAAAGUGAGACAGUUAAUAGUACCUGACAGCAAAGUCAAAAGGAACAUAAAUUGGUUAUUUUGACAUCAAUAUAUUUAAUAUAUAUACACCACUUCAAUUUCUAUGGCAAAUACUCCCUCCAUUUCAAAAUAAAUGUCUCUUUUAGCUCAUACACACCCCUUAAGAAAUUAUUCACUCCUAGAAAAUUAAAAGUGUUUUUACCAACUUAUCCCUAAUUAAUGCUUAGAAAAAGAAAAGUUAUUUAAUGAUUCUUGAUAAUAAAUAAGGGUAAGUUUGGAAGAAUAGAAUUAAUUUCUUCUUGAAAUCCUAAAGUGUCGCUUAUUUUGGAACAAAAUAAAAAAUUUAAAAGGACACUUAUUUUGGAAUGGAGGGAGUAUCAUUGUAGCAAAAAGCUGGCUAAUUAUUGUUAAAUUUCAAGAGGAAAAAAGCGAAUGAAGAGUUGAAAACUAUUGAAGUGUUUGAUUAUCUCAUCUAAAUGUUUAA